CUCUGCUGCUGACAUGGACUGCUGGACACUGUAUUCUCUCAGCUCCCCACUAACGGACGCGGAGGGAGGGCGAUACUCUUUCUGCAUGUAAUCUUUGUCGUUUUUUCCUCUUCUUUUUCUGUUCUUUUUCUUUGAUUUCUUCUACAAGUCGCACAGUUAGGGGAGGGGAUGGCUUGGCCGUGCAUCAGCAGAGUGUGCUGCCUGGCUCGUUUCUGGAACCAGUUCGACAAAUCGGACCUCUCCGUCCCGCUCACCAUCCAGAACUACUCGGACAUCCCGGAUCAUGAGGUGCGCUCCAUCACCAAACAGGUCUCCGCCUCGGAGCGCGCACCCGGGAAUAAGUACGCGACCCCGGACCCGCGUGGCCCCCCUCAUGCGCCCAGAGAUGGCCCGGGGACCCGAGGAUCCUUCACGGCACGGAAGGAGCAAAGUUACAAGCCCCGGGAGGAGUAUCACCCACCCGGAGUGCCUUUCAACAGUGUGACCCAGUACAAGCAGGAUUUCAAACCUUGGCCCAUUCCCAGGAAGGAGAAUUUCCCUUGGAUUAGUAACGGGGGCAGCAGGGCAGACAGUGCUCCGGACAGCCCGGAGAACGGGUACCACAGCCAGGCACACCCGGGGGAGGGCGAGGAGCGGGGCAGGGGGCAGAAGGGGGCAGACCCCCAGGGGGUGGAGGAGAGCAAAACCAGCUCCUACAGGCAAGAGUACAGGCAGUGGACCGGGGUGAGACCAGCCAAAAGUGCGAGGAAAAAUCCUUCAACUCAGUACUCCAGCCCGGGGACAGAGGCCACUAACGUCCCACGUGAGACUAGCUACCAGGCUGCCUACAGUGGGGACGUCCCGUCUAUAGGGCUGCAUCAUAAGGAGCAAAAUAUCACAUCUGCUGCCCCCAACGUGCACCCUGCUGGUGGCCCCCAGCACAUCCCCACUGCCCUGCCAGCUGGUGGUUCACCCGCCCCCUCCAGCCUCCACCCGAGCGAGGCAGAGGAUCAUCUGGUGAGGACCAAGUUCCCUCCAAACUCUUCAGCUCUCUUUCAAAGCGGGCCGAGGGUCUUCAACAUCUGACAGCUGCUCCGAUUUCCAACCGGUCCUCUUUGAUCGUUUUAAGAAAUCAAGGGGAAUGAUUUGAGUCCAUUCCACAACACAAGAAUCUAUGCAAGGGAAUGUAUAAUGUUGUGAAUCCUGUGGAGCUGCAGCGCCACGACCCGAGUGGAGACAGACAGACCCUUUUACACUCCUACUGUUGCUAUGAAAAAGAAUAUGCAUGUUAGAAAUCGUUUUUUGCGGUUAUAGAUGCACAAGAAACUGGCUGCUCUGUGUGUGUGUGUGUGUGUGUGUGCACCUGCUGAUUUGUCCUUUAGUUGUACAUAAUGUCGGGCCUGCUACGGUAACGAAUGACAUCACUAAGGUCACUAAGUGUGUAUGCUUACGAGUACUUUCUUGCCCUUUUGGUGUUCUGCUAGAAAACAAGUUAUUUAUUUCCCUAGUUAGUUUACUAUUUUGAGAAAGUAUUGUUCAGUCUAUUAUUUUGUAAAUCUAUUGUUAAAGAAAAAAAAAUGUAAGUGAAAUUACAAUAAAAUAAUAUAAGGUUAUUAGCACUUUCUAUGAGAUGUCACUCGGCUCUUUUUUAGGCCCAGUUUAAAUAAAUAGUAGGGGUCUCUGCUCUGUCUCUCUUUCAGGUGAGGGGGUCUUUGGCCUGAAAAACAUCAUGGACCCCUUAUUAAACGAAAAGUAUGAAUAGAGUUCUGAUUGCAGUUAACCACUGUUAUACCAAAGGUCAGGUAAUGUGGGAGUGAAAGGGUUUUCGUGUGUCAUACUUGAAUAAAAAAUGAAAUGUUCUGUAAAGUUUAAGGAAAAAGCAAUCUAUCCUGAUCCAAAGCAAACAAAAAUGUUCAACACGAGUCGAGUUUUUCCUUUUUUAUUACAAGAAUAUUGAUUAUAUUUUUGGUUUUGCACUGAAACAUGAAAAUACAACGUUUGGUAACCUUCUACACUAAUUUGGUUGCACAGGCAUCACAACCACUCAGGCCAAACACUUCCACUCAUCCAAUCAUCCUCACAUUAACAUAAUGCAAAGCUCCACAUCAAACAGAUUUACCAACACUACAUCAGCCCACAAAACACACACAGAGCACUCACCAUCAAAUUCAUUCACUUUUGUGAUGACUACAUCCACUAUACGCACAUAUUCAUACACACACUCACUACUGUUAGGGCAUUACUGUUCGCAGUUAUUGUUAUUGGAUAAAAAAAUAAAACAGGAUUUGAAAACAC